AUGGCGGCUCCGGGAGCGCUGGAGCCGGCGGCCGGCAGCGUGCCGGGCACCAAGGUGGAGCUCACCGUGUCCUGCCGGAACCUGCUGGACAUGGACACCUUCUCCAAGUCCGACCCAGGUCUCGGGGAGCAGCGAGUGGAAGGAGCGCCGAGGCAGCUGCGAUGGGGACGGGUCCUGGGGGGGCCACCUUCACCCCUCUCCCUGCAGUUCGGACGCACCGAGGUGAUCGACAACACCCUGAACCCCGACUUUGUCCGCAAGUUCGUCCUCGACUACUACUUCGAGGAGAAGCAAAACCUCCGCUUCGAUGUCUACAACGUGGACUCCAAGAGCUGCUCCGCUUUAAAGCAGAAGGACUUCCUGGGGCAGGCAUUUGUGGCACUGGGAGAGGUGAUUGGGUCCCAGCGGGGACGCCUGGAAAGACCCCUAACGGGUGUCCCAGGGAAGCGGUGUGGGACUAUCCUGCUGCUGGCUGAGGAGCUGAGCAACUGCCGGGACAUUGUCACAAUGCAGCUGUGUGCCAACAAGCUGGAUAAGAAGGACUUCUUUGGAAAAUCCGAUCCUUUCCUCGUCUUCUAUCGUAGCAAUGAGGAUGGCACCUUUACUAUCUGCCAUAAGACAGAGGUGGUGAAGAACACACUCAACCCGGUGUGGCAGCCCUUCACCAUCCCCGUGCGUGCCCUCUGCAACGGCGACUACGACCGGACGGUGAAGAUAGAUGUGUACGACUGGGACCGGGAUGGGAGCCACGACUUCAUUGGGGAAUUUGCCACCAGCUACCGGGAGCUCUCUCGAGCACAGAGUCAGUUUACAGUGUAUGAGGUGCUGAAUCCCAGGAAGAAAUGCAAGAAGAAGAAAUACGUGAAUUCUGGCACCGUGACACUGCUCUCCUUCUCCGUUGAGUCUGAGUUCACCUUCGUUGACUACAUACGGGGCGGGACGCAGCUGAAUUUCACUGUUGCCAUUGACUUCACGGCCUCCAAUGGGUUACCAUCACAGCCCACCUCGCUGCACUAUGCGAGCCCCUACCAGCUGAGCGCCUAUGCCUUGGCACUGAAGGCAGUGGGGGAAAUCAUCCAGGACUACGACAGUGACAAGCUCUUCCCUGCCUAUGGCUUUGGUGCCAAAGUUCCACCUGACGGCAAGAUCUCCCACCAGUUUCCUCUGAACAACAACAUGGAGAACCCCAGCUGUGUUGGCAUUGAAGGCGUGCUGGAGUCCUAUCUCCAAAGCCUGCGCACCGUCCAGCUCUAUGGUCCUACCAACUUUGCUCCCGUCAUCAACCAGGUGGCUGGGACAGCCGCCCAGGUGACCGAUGGCUCACAAUACCAUGUCCUCCUCAUCAUCACGGACGGUGUGAUCUCUGACAUGCUGCAGACCAAGGAAGCCAUUGUCACCGCUUCCUCCCUGCCCAUGUCCAUCAUCAUCGUGGGAGUAGGUCCAGCUGAGUUUGAGGCCAUGGAGGAGCUGGACGGUGACGAGGUACGGUUGUCUUCCCGGGGACGAUAUGCCGAGAGGGAUAUUGUACAGUUUGUGCCAUUUCGGGAUUACGUGGACGACUCAGGCAACCAGGUGCUGAGCAUGGCCCGCCUGGCCAAGGACGUGCUGGCUGAGAUCCCCGAGCAGCUGCUCUCUUACAUGAAGACCCGUGACAUCAAGCCCCUCCGGGCAGAUCCCAAGUAGCUCUUCCAUGAGCCAUGGGACUGGCUGGUGGGGCGAAGAUAUGUCACCUUUUUUCUGGCGGUGGACAGGGCUUAACUACGGAGAUAUGGCCCCAAUUAGGGAGAUAAUCAGUUGCUAUGGUUAGUCAAAACAGGGCUGGGACCCGCUUCUCGCGGUGAGACCACAGGGCUGGACAUCCUUGGGUGCCUGUUCCUUCUGCCCGAUGUCCAGCAGCAAGGCGGGACUGUCCCCCGACCGUGGCAGUGCGGGCA